AUGAACUACUCCCUCACCAUCUCGGUCGACAGCGCCGAGCACGACAACCUCGUCUACACGUCCAAAAUCGACCUAAAGCCCUGGCACUUCUGGGCCAAGAAGGGUUACAAGACCCUCGAUCUCGACGGGACCCACCUCGACGCCUACUGGGACCUCCGCUCCGCCAAAUUCUCCACCGGGCCCGAGCCUUCCUCCGACUACUACGUAGCCCUCAUCUCCGAGGACGAGGAGGUGGUCCUCCUGCUCGGAGACCAGAAGAAGAAGGCCUACAAACGGACCAAGGCCCGGCCCGCGCUCGUCGACCCCAUGCUCUUCUACAAGAAGGAGAACGUGCUCGGAAAGAAGUCCUUCUCCACGCGGGCCCGGUUCGACCGGCGGCGGCGGGAGCACGAGAUUGUGGUGGAGAGCUCGACCGCUGGCCCGAGGGAGCCCGAGAUGUGGAUCAGCAUAGACGGUAUUGUGCUCGUGCACGUGAAGAACCUGCAGUGGAAGUUCAGGGGGAACCAGACGGUGCUCGUGAACAAGCAGCCCGUGCAGGUUUACUGGGACGUGCACGCGUGGCUGUUUUGCCCGCCGGGCUCUAAUCACGGGCUUUUUAUAUUCAAGUCGGGGGAAGGGGAAGGGGACAGUGAAGACGAGGAGGACAGCAGCAGCAAAGGGGAUGACAGCGAGUGCAGCGGGAAUAGCAAGUAUUACUCGAUACAGAGCUAUGCCAAGUGCGUCGAUUUUUGUCUUUUUCUAUACGCGUGGAAGAUCGAGUGA